GGCCGCCAUUACUGUUUUCUGUGUUUACAUCAUUUUUGUUAAAUUUGAUUAUUUAGUUAAUAGUUAUGUCCGUGAAUAAUCAUAGAAAGUGUGCUAAGUGCGGUAGAACACGCGCUGAAGACAUGACGGUGACCUAUCAUAGGUUUCCAAAUCCAGGAACAACCAAUAUUACGAGGGCUCGUGUUUGGGCUAAAUACUGUUGGCCAAAUGAAGAUUGGACUUCCAUUGAAUCAUUACAUUCACUCUAUAAUCAGAAUAAGGUGUUGUGUGGAAGACAUUUCAACUCAAUUCAAUUUAUGGACGAUAAAAGGCAAAAAUUGAGUAAGUUUGCCGUUCCCGAGUCGAUUAUAGUGGAAGAAGUACUGAAUGAAAGAGAAAAUAUUUUCAACCAGAAUGUCAAUCAGUAUGAUGUUGUAGCUGCACAGGCAGAGUUAACAACAUUAUUUAGCCCAAAUGUCAAUCAGUAUGAUGUUGUAGCUGCACAGGCAGAGUUAACAACACCUAUGUCGCAAAUAGAAAAUGUUGUGAUGGAACCUAGUACCAGUACAGAGUCAUCAAAACAACACACUUUUAGAGAUGUCAUAAGAACAACUGAAUCCAUUAGCCCUAUGCAGCCCCGGUCAGUGGACUGUAUGUUGUUGUAUAGGGUUGAGGCGCAGAGGUUCCCACUUGUUGAUUAA